AUGGCUGGGAUACUGCGUAUAAUACACUUUGUCUAUUCGCAGAUGAGUAUUUUGAAGUAUAUGGAGACGUCCAGGCUUAAGCUAUUUGCUGCAAGAAAGUAUCUAAAAGUACCAGGUUUUUCCUCUUUCCACACAGUCCCAAAUUCCUCUGUGGAACUUCACUCACAAGAAGAGGAAGUAGUGAUUGCUUUGGGGAGUAAUGUUGGUGACAGGCUGCAUAACUUUAAGGAAGCCUUGAAAAUAAUGAGGAACUCAGGCAUUAACAUCACAAGACAUGCUUGUUUGUACGAAACAGCACCGGCAUAUGUUACUGAUCAACCUCGCUUUAUCAACUCAGCAGUUAGAGCUGUUACUAAACUUGGUCCAUAUGAAUUAUUAUCUACACUCAAAAGAAUUGAGAAGGCCUUGGGCCGUACAGAUGGUAUAAGGUAUGGUCCAAGGCCAAUUGACUUAGACAUUUUAUUCUAUGGUAAAUAUAAAGUCAGAUCUGAUAUCCUCACUAUACCUCAUGAAAGAAUUUGGGAAAGGCCAUUUGUUAUGGCCCCCUUGAUGGAUUUAUUGGGAUCAGCUGUUGACAGUGACACAGUUGCUGCCUGGCAUUCAUUUUCAGGUCAUUCUGGUGGACUUUCUGGAUUCUGGGAAGAAUUAGGCAGCGAGUCACUUAUUGGAGAGGAAGGUAUGUAUAGAGUAAUUCCUGUUGCAAACCGGUUACUUGAUUGGUCGCAGAGAACUUCUGUCAUGGGGAUUCUUAAUGUGACUCCAGAUAGUUUUUGUGAUGGGGGAAAUUUCCUGUCUGUGGAUUCUGCUAUUUCUCAGGUUCGGUUAAUGAUUUCCGAAGGAGCAGAUAUGAUUGAUAUUGGGGCACAGUCUACUAGGCCGAUGGCAAGUAGGAUUUCUGCUGAAGAAGAGUUAGGUAGAUUAAUCCCAAUCCUGGAAGCUGUAUUGUCAAUGCCUGAGGUUGAAGGAAAGCUCGUAUCUGUGGAUACUUUCUACUCUGAAGUUGCUUCAGAAGCAGUGAGUAAAGGGGCUCAUCUUAUAAAUGAUGUAUCUGCUGGGCAGUUAGAUAGUAAUAUGUUCAAGGUCAUGGCAGAUCUUGAUGUUCCUUAUGUUGCAAUGCACAUGAGGGGCGACCCAUCUACAAUGCAGAAUAGUGGAAACCUGAAGUAUGAUAAUGUCUGCAAAGAAAUAUCAUCAGAAUUAUACUUGCGGGUCAGAGAGGCAGAGGUGUCAGGAAUACCAGCAUGGAGGAUUAUCAUUGACCCUGGCAUUGGGUUCUCAAAGAAAACUGAACACAAUUUGGACAUCCUCAUGGGACUACCUGAUAUCAGAGAAGAGAUUGGCACAAGAAGUUUGGCCAUCUCUCAUGCUCCCAUGCUAAUUGGUCCCUCAAGAAAGAGUUUUUUAGGUGAAAUUUGUUCUCGUCCCGCGGCUGAGAGGGAUCCGGCUACAAUUGCUUCAAUCACAGCUGGUAUUUUGGGAGGGGCUAAUAUUGUUAGGGUGCAUAAUGUCAAAGAUAAUCUAGAUGCCGUGAAGCUUUGUGAUGCAAUUCUAAGACAGAAAAGUUCUCAGAUGAAAUCUCGACAUUGA